AUGACUGCCUGGCUGAUCUCUCUGAUGAGCAUCGAAGUACUACUUUUGGCAGUACCUCACCUGAGUUUACAUAUUGAACCUGAAGAAGGUAGCCUUGGAGGGGGAACGUGGAUCACAGUCAUUUUUGAUGGUUUGGAGUUGGGUGUUCUCUACCCCAACAAUGGCUCUCAAUUGGAGAUACACCUGGUGAACGUGAACAUGGUGGUGCCCGCACUGCGGAGUAUCCCCUGUGAUGUCUUUCCUGUUUUCUUGGAUUUGCCUGUGGUGACGUGCCGGACCAGAUCUGUGCUGUCUGAAGCACAUGAGGGUCUGUACUCCCUGGAAGCAUACUUCGGGGGACAGUUGGUAAGCAGCCCAAAUCCAGGACCACGAGACAGGUGUACUUUCAAGUUUUCCAAGGCGCAGACACCCAUCGUUCACCAAGUUUAUCCACCAAGUGGAGUUCCAGGAAAACUAAUACAUAUAUAUGGCUGGAUUAUCACUGGAAGAUUGGAAAGUUUUGAUUUUGAUGCUGAGUACAUUGAUAGCCCAGUGAUCUUGGAAGCUCAAGGAGACAAAUGGGUUACUCCUUGCUCUCUUGUAAAUAAGCAGACGGGAAGCUGUUAUCCUAUUCAGGAGGACCAUGGUCUUGGGACUCUGCAGUGCCAUGUGGAAGGCGAUUACAUCGGCUCCCAGAACGUUAGUUUCUCAGUAUUUAACAAAGGAAAGUCAAUGGUCCACAAGAAGGCAUGGCUGAUCAGUGCUAAACAGGACCUUUUCCUAUACCAGACACACUCAGAAAUAUUAUCUGUGUUUCCAGAAACUGGGAGCCUUGGGGGAAGAACAGACAUCACAAUUACAGGAGACUUUUUUCACAGUUCUGCCCAGGUUACCAUUGCAGGCAUUCCUUGUGAUAUUAGACACGUGUCUCCCAGGAAGAUUGAGUGCACUACUCGGGCUCCAGGAAAAGAUGCGAGGCUCACCACCCCUCAGCCAGGCAAUCGAGGGCUUCUUUUUGAAGUUGGAGAUGCUGUUGAGGGAUUGGAACUGACUGAAGCCACCCCAGGGUACAGGUGGCAGAUUGUCCCUAAUGCCAGUUCUCCAUUUGGGUUUUGGUCAAAGGAAGGACAACCUUUCAGAGCACGGCUCAGUGGGUUCUUUGUGGCUCCAGAGACAAAUAAUUACACUUUCUGGAUUCAGGCAGACAGCCAAGCUUCCUUGCAUUUCAGUUGGUCAGAGGAACCAAGGACUAAGGUGAAAGUGGCCUCCAUCAGCGUUGGCACUGCUGACUGGUUUGACUCCUGGGAGCAGAAUGGGGAUGAAGGGACCUGGCAGCAGAAGUCUCCCAAGUUGGAGCUGUUGGGUGGAGCCAAGUAUUACCUGGAAGCAGAGCAUCAUGGGAUAGCCCCAAGCAGGGGGAUGAGGAUUGGUGUCCAGAUUCACAACACCUGGCUGAAUCCUGAUGUGGUCACCACUUACCUACGGGAGAAACACCAGAUCCGAGUCCGAGCCCAGAGGCUUCCAGAAGUACAGGUGCUGAAUGUGUCAGGCAGAGGAAACUUCUUCCUUACUUGGGACAAUGUCUCUAGUCAGCCAAUCCCUGCAAAUGCCACAGCCCAUCUGAUUCAAACAACCAUUGAGGAGUUACUUGCAGUAAAAUGCAAACUGGAACCCCUUUGGGCUAACAUCCUUCUCCGGCUUGGAUUUGAAGGAGGCCCAGAAGUUGCCAACUCUGAUGGGGACCUCACCAGUGGGAUGGAGCCCUUCUGUGGCAGGUUCAGCCUCUGUCAGCCUCGACACCUUGUCCUAACUCCCCCGGCUGCCCAGAAGGGCUAUCGGCUAGAUCAGUAUACACACUUGUGUCUUGCAUACAAAGGCCACAUGAACAAGAUCCUGAAGAUGACUGUGUCCUUCACAGUCGGCUUUCAAAACAUGGUAAAGAACACCACCUGUGACUGGACUCUCAAGAGGACCAGCCCCGAGAGCUGGCAGUUCCAUUGCACUGACCUCUGGGAGACUUGUGUGCGUCGCUCCGGGGAUCUCCAGCCCCCUCCGGCAAACUCCCCAGUGCUGGUUCAUCAGAUCGAUCUUCUCCCUCUGGCUCAGGAGACGGGCCUGUUCUAUUUAGAUGAAAUUAUUAUUGCAGACACAAACGUAACAGUUUCUCAAGCUGAUUCUGGAACGGCUCGCCCAGGGGGGAAUCUGGUGGAAUCAGUCUCUGUGGUGGGAUCCCCUCCGGUCUACAGUGUCACAUCCUGGCUGGCGGGGUGUGGCAUGGAGCCCCCGCUCAUCACUGCACGCUCUGUGCCCACUGAAGGAACAGAAGAGGGAGCUGGACUGGUCUUGGUGACAGCACAGAGACGACAGCGGACAAGUCCACCUCUAGGAGGACACUUUCGCAUCCAGCUUCCUAAUACAGUGAUUUCUGAUGUCCCUGUACAAAUUUCUGCUCAUCACCUUCACCAGCUCUUACAGAAUAAUGCCAAUGACUUCACAUCCAGGUACCUCAAUGCCAGUGACUUCACUGUGAAGGAGGAUCUAUACACUUGCUAUGAACACUUGUGGACCUUGUCCUGGUCCACUCAGAUUGGGGAUUUGCCCAAUUUUAUCAGGGUCUCUGAUGAAAACCUUACUGGAGUGAAUCCCGCUGCAGCCACGCGUGUGGUAUAUGAUGGUGGAGUUUUUCUUGGACCCAUAUUUGGAGACAUGUUGGCUACUGCCAACCAACAUAGUCAGGUGGUUGUGCGAGUGAAUGAUGUACCAGCUCAUUGCCCAGGUUCCUGCUCUUUCCAGUACCUCCAAGGGUCAACUCCCUGUGUCCAUUCUGUGUGGUACUCCGUUGAUGGUGACAUCAACCUAACGAUUUAUAUUACCGGAACUGGUUUCUCUGGUGACUCCCAGUUCUUGCAGGUUACGGUGAACAAAACGAAUUGCAAAGUUAUUUUCUCAAACCAAACCAAUGUAGUCUGUCAGACAGAUUUGCUACCUGUUGGAGUGCAUCGGAUCUUGAUGUUGGUGAGACCCUCUGGUCUUGCCAUCAGUGCCACCGGAGAAGACCUCUUCCUAAAUGUGGAACCUAGACUGGAUAUGGUGGAGCCUUCCAGAGCUGCGGAUAUUGGAGGGCUCUGGGCCACCAUCCGAGGCUCUAGUUUGGAAGGUGUUAGCCUGAUAUUAUUUGGAUCUUACUCUUGUGCCAUUAAUGUCACUACAAGCAAUUCAAGCAGAAUUCAGUGCAAAGUUCCACCCAGGGGAGAAGAUGGACACAUUGUGAAUGUGACUGUGAUCAGAGGGGACCAUUCUGCAGUUCUUCCCAGAGCAUUUACAUAUGUCUCUUCCUUAAAUCCAGUUAUUGUGACUCUGAGCAGAAACACAAGCAAUAUAGCAGGUGGUGAGACCCUGGUCAUUGGAGUGGCGAGCCUGGUGAACUAUACGGAUUUGGAUGUGGAAGUCCACGUCCAGGAUGCCUUGGCUCCGGUUCACACACAGUCGGCUUGGGGCCUGGAGGUGGCACUGCCCCCACUGCCAGCUGGCCGCCACAGAAUUUCCGUCUCUAUCAAUGGGGUCAGCAUUCGCUCACAAGGGGUUGAUCUCCACAUCCAGUACCUCACAGAAGUUUUCAGCAUCGAGCCUUGCUGUGGGUCCCUGCUGGGAGGGACCAUCCUCAGCAUCUCAGGAAUAGGCUUCAGCAGGGACCCAGCUUUGGUUUGGGUACUUGUGGGCAAUCGGUCCUGUGACAUUGUGAACAUAACGGAGGCGAGCAUCUGGUGUGAGACCCUGCCGGCCCCCCAGAUACCCUAUGCGGGCGCUCCCACUGUUCCAGCUGCCGUGGAAGUCUGGGCUGGCAACAGGUCCUUCGCCCAUGGUCCUUCACCAAGCUUGGUGGGGAAAGGCUUCACCUUCAUGUAUCAAGCGGCAGCAACACCAGUAGUCACUGCCAUGCAAGGAGAAAUCACAAAUAGCAGCCUCAGCCUGCAUGUGGGAGGAAGUAACCUCUCCAACUCAAUCAUCCUUCUGGGGAACCUGAACUGUGAUGUUGAGACACAGUCCUUCCAGGGCAACACGAGCCUGUCUGGAUGCUCCAUCCCUCUUCACAGUCUGGAGGCCGGCAUCUAUCCUCUCCAAGUACGUCAGAAGCGGAUGGGAUUUGCUAAUAUGUCUGCGGUGCCCCAGCAAUUUGCAGUGAUGCCUCGGAUAAUGGCCAUCUUCCCAUCGCAGGGCUCGGCAUGUGGUGGGACCAUACUUACUGUGAGGGGGGUGCUUCUUAACUCUAGAAGGAGGUCAGUUCGGGUUGACCUCUCGGGUCCUUUUACUUGUGGGAUUUUGAGUUUGGAAGACCACACCAUUCUCUGCCAGGUUAGCCUGGAGGGUGACCCCUUGCCUGGAGCUUCCUUCUCCCUGAACGUCACAGUCCUGGUCAAUGGGCUAACCAGUGAGUGUCAGGGGAACUGCACUCUCUUCAUACGGGAAGAGGCAAGUCCUGUCGUGGACGCCUUGUCCACAAACACCAGUGGGUGUCUGACCACUGUGCUGAUCAGGGGUCAGAGGUUAGCCACCACAGGUGAUGAGCCGAUGGUGUUUGUGGAUGAUCAACUUCCUUGCAAUGUAACUUUUUUUAAUGCAAGCCACGUUGUGUGCCAGACAAGAGACUUGGCCGCAGGACCCCACUACCUGUCAGUUUUUUAUACAAGAAAUGGGUAUGCUUGUUCUACUAAUGUUUCCAGACUCUUCUACAUUAUGCCGCAAGUGUUUCAUUAUUUUCCUAAGAAUUUCAGCAUACAUGGUGGAAGCCUCUUGACCAUAGAGGGCACAGGCCUGAGAGGACAGAACACCACGUCAGUCUAUAUUGACCAGCAGGCCUGCCUGACAGUGAACAUCGGUGCUGAGCUCAUCCGGUGUAUUGUUCCCACAGGGAAUGGCUCUGUUGCCCUGGAAAUAGAGGUAGAUGGACUUUGGUAUCACAUAGGAGUCAUUAGUUAUAACAACGCCUUUACCCCAGAAUUGAUCUCUGUUUCUCAGAGCGAUGACCUCUUAACCUUUGCAGUGGCCCAGAUCUCAGGAGCUGCAAACAUUGACAUUUUUAUAGGAAUGUCACCCUGCAUGGGUGUCUCUGGUAACCACACCGUUCUUCAGUGCGUGGUGCCUUCCCUUCCGGCCGGGGAGUACCACGUCAGAGGCUAUGACUGCAUCAGAGGGUGGGCCUCAUCUGCGCUGGUGUUCACCUCAAGGGUUAUUAUUACAGCAGUGACGGAGAACUUCGGCUGCCUGGGUGGAAGUCUGGUGCAUGUGUUUGGAGCGGGAUUUUCUCCAGGGAAUGUCUCAGCUGCUGUGUGUGGUGCUCCCUGCCGGGUCCUGGCUAAUGCUACAGUGUCUGCCUUCAGCUGCUUGGUUCUGCCCCUGGAUGCGUCCUUGGCUUUCCUGUGUGGCCUGAAGCAUGAGGAGGACAGCUGUGAGGCUGCCAGAAACACCUAUGUGCAGUGUGAUUUGACAGUUGCCGUGGGGACAGAGCAACUGCUUGAAUCGUGGCCUUACCUCUACAUUUGCGAGGAAAGUUCCCAAUGCCUCUUUGUACCAGAUCAUUGGGCAGAGUCAAUCUUUCCAUCGUUCUCGGGCCUCUUUAUCAGCCCUAAAGUGGAAAGAGAUGAAGUUCUCAUCUAUAAUAGCUCCUGUAACAUUACCAUGGAAACUGAGGCAGAGAUGGAGUGUGAGACGCCCAAUCAGCCAAUUACCGUCAAGAUUACUGAGAUACGGAAACGCUGGGGCCAGAACACUCAGGGCAACUUUUUACAGUUCUGCCGGAGAUGGUCCAGGACUCACAGCUGGUUUCCUGAAAGGCUGCCACAAGAUGGCGACAACAUCACAGUGGAGAGUGGCCAAUCGCUUCUGCUGGACGCUAACACAAGCAUCCUCAACUUGCUGCACAUUAAAGGGGGCAAGCUGAUUUUCAUGGCCCCAGGACCCAUUGAGCUCAGGGCGCACGCCAUCCUUGUUUCUGACGGUGGAGAGCUCCGGAUUGGAUCCGAAGACAAGCCCUUCCAAGGCAGAGCUCAGAUCACACUCUACGGGAGUUCCUACUCAACUCCCUUCUUUCCCUAUGGAGUCAAGUUCCUGGCUGUGAGGAAUGGAACUCUUUCUCUGCACGGUUCACUGCCAGAAGUAAUUGUCACUCGUCUUCGAGCAACUGCCCAUGCCCGAGACGCAGUGUUGGCUUUAGAAGAUGCUGUGGACUGGCACCCUGGGGAUGAAGUUGUCAUCAUCAGUGGAACAGGUGUUGAAGGUGCCAAACCGAUGGAAGAGAUUGUCACUGUGGAAACUGUGCAGGAUACAGACCUCUAUCUUAAGUCACCUUUGAGAUAUUCUCACAACUUUACAGAGAAUUGGGUGGCUGGGGAGCACCAUAUUUUCAAGGCCACCGUGGCUCUGCUCAGCAGGCGUAUUACCAUACAAGGAACUCUCACUAACGAGAGGGAGAAGCUGCUUGUUUCAUGCCAGGAGGCCAAUGCUCCAGAAGGUAAUCUGCAGCACUGUUUGUAUUCCAUGAGUGAGAAGACGCUGGGAUCCAGGGAUAUGGGAGCCAGAGUGAUCGUUCAGUCCUUCCCAGAAGAGCCCAGCCAGGUCCAGUUGAAGGGAGUGCAGUUUCGAGUCUUGGGGCAAGCCUUCCAUAAGCGUCUGAGCUCACUCACUCUGGUGGGAGCUAUGAGAGAGUCUUUCAUACAGGGCUGCACAGUGAGGAGUUCCUUCAGUAGAGGCCUCAGCAUGUGCGGGACCUUGGGCCUGAAGGUGGACAGCAAUGUAUUCUACAAUAUUUUAGGUCAUGCUCUGCUAGUUGGGACAUGCAUGGAGAUGAGAUAUAUCUCCUGGGAGGCAAUUCAUGGAAGGAAAGAUGACUGGUCAGGACAUGGAAAUAUAAUAAGAAACAACGUGAUCAUCCGGGUUUCUGGUGCUGAAGGACUCUCCAAUCCUGAAAUGUUGACACCAUCUGGCAUCUAUAUCCUCAGUCCCACCAAUGUUAUAGAGGGGAACAGAGUAUGUGGUGCUGGCUAUGGCUACUUUUUCCAUCUCAUGACCAACAAAACAUCACAAGCUCCACUUCUUUCCUUCACUCAGAACAUUGCACAUUCCUGUACCAGGUAUGGUCUCUUUGUAUACCCUAAAUUUCAGCCACCUUGGGAUAAUGUCACUGGCACCACUCUGUUCCAGAGCUUCACAGUUUGGGAAAGUGCAGGUGGUGCCCAGAUUUUUAGAAGUAGCAAUCUUCGCCUGAAAAACUUCCAAGUUUAUUCAUGCAGAGAUUUUGGAAUUGACGUCUUGGAAAGUGAUGCAAAUACUUCAGUUACUGACAGCUUAUUACUUGGUCAUUUUGCCCACAAGGGAAGUCUGUGUAUGUCAUCUGGGAUUAAAACUCCUAAAAGAUGGGAACUGAUGGUGUCUAACACAACCUUUGUUAAUUUUGAUCUCAUCAACUGUGUGGCCAUUAGAACCUGUUCAGACUGUUCCCAAGGACAAGGUGGAUUUACUGUGAAGACCAGCCAGUUGAAGUUUACAAACUCUUCAAACUUAGUGGCAUUUCCAUUUCCUCAUGCAGCAAUUUUGGAAGACUUGGAUGGGUCUCUGUCUGGGAAAAACAGAAGUCACAUUCUUGCUUCUAUGGAAACCCUUUCAGCUUCUUGUUUGGUCAAUGCAAGCUUUGGUCGGGUUGUCCAUGGCAGUGCCUGUGGAGAAGGUGUUCUUUUUCGUCGUAUGUCUAUUGGUUUAGCUAAUACUCCUGAAGUUUCUUAUGAUUUAACCAUGACUGACAGCAGAAAUAAAACAACCACUGUCAAUUAUGUACGUGAUACAUUGUCUAACCCUCAUGGCUGGAUGGCUCUGCUCUUGGACCAAGAGACCUACUCAUUGCAAUCUGAGAACCUUUGGAUCAACAGAUCUCUGCAGUACUCAGCAACCUUUGACAACUUUGCUCCUGGUAAUUACCUACUGCUGGUGCACACAGAUUUGCCGCCUUACCCUGACAUCCUCCUAAGAUGUGGGAGUCGAGUGGGUCUGUCUUUUCCAUUUCUUCCAUCACCAGGUCAGAACCAAGGCUGUGACUGGUUCUUCAAUAGCCAGCUGAGGCAACUCACCUAUCUGGUUUCAGGUGAAGGCCAAGUUCAAGUCAUUCUCCGGGUGAAGGAAGGUGUGCCCCCAACUAUUUCAGCUUCUACCUCUGCAUCUGAAUCAGCUUUUAAAUGGUCCCUCCCUGAAACAUGGCAAGGUGUUGAAGAAGGCUGGGGAGGAUACAACAAUACCAUUCCAGGCCCUGGGGAUGACGUUCUCAUUUUACCCAACAGAACUGUCCUUGUGGAUACAGAUCUUCCAUUCUUCAAAGGGCUGUAUGUGAUGGGGACCUUAGACUUCCCUGUGGACAGAAGCAAUGUUCUGAGUGUGGCAUGCAUGGUCAUUGCAGGCGGGGAGCUGAAAGUUGGUACUUUAGAAAAUCCCUUAGAAAAGGAACAAAAGCUUCUGAUUCUCCUUAGAGCCUCAGAGGGAGUCUUUUGUGACCGUAUGAGUGGAAUUCAUAUUGACCCAGGAACAAUUGGGGUUUAUGGGAAAGUUCAGCUUUGCAGUGCUUAUCCUAAGAACUCCUGGACACAUCUUGGAGCUGAUAUUGCCUCAGGAAAUGAGAGAAUUAUAGUAGAAGAUGCAGUGGAUUGGCGCCCCCAUGACAAAAUCGUCCUUAGCUCCUCUUCUUAUGAGCCUCAUGAAGCAGAGGUCCUCACUGUGAAAGAAGUCAAAGGCCACCAUGUGAGGAUCUAUGAACGGCUCAAACACCGGCACAUUGGAAGUGUCCAUGUCACGGAGGAUGGCCGACACAUUCGUUUGGCUGCUGAGGUUGGACUGUUGACCCGAAAUAUACAAAUUCAGCCUGAUGUAUCAUGUAGGGGGAGACUGUUUGUGGGGUCCUUCAGGAAGUCCAGCCGAGAAGAAUUUUCAGGUGUCCUUCAACUUCUCAAUGUGGAAAUUCAGAACUUUGGGUCACCAUUGUACUCAUCUAUUGAAUUCAGUAAUGUGUCAGCAGGAUCCUGGAUCAUAUCAUCUACUCUGCACCAGAGCUGUGGCGGGGGCAUUCAUGCAGCUGCCAGUCAUGGAGUACUUUUAAAUGACAAUAUUGUGUUUGGCACAGCUGGCCAUGGCAUAGAUUUAGAGGGUCAGGCCUAUACUGUCACUAAUAACCUUGUGGUUCUGAUGACACAGCCAGCAUGGUCCACCAUUUGGGUGGCAGGAAUCAAAGUGAACCAGGUAAAGGACAUCAACCUCCAUGGCAACGUUGUGGCAGGAUCAGAGAGACUUGGCUUUCACAUCCGAGGCCACAAGUGCUCCUCUUGUGAACUGCUUUGGUCUGACAAUGUGGCCCACUCAAGUCUUCAUGGCCUUCAUCUCUAUAAGGAAAGUGGACUUGACAACUGUACCAGAAUCUCUGGCUUCUUGGCUUUCAAGAACUUUGACUAUGGUGCCAUGUUACAUGUAGAGAACAGCGUGGAGAUAGAGAACAUUACUCUGGUAGACAAUACUAUUGGUCUUUUGGCAGUAGUGUAUGUAUUUUCUGCUCCACAAAAUUCCAUCAAAAAAGUGCAGAUUGUGCUUAGGAAUUCAGUCAUUGUGGCCACCAGCUCUUCUUUUGACUGCAUUCAGGACAAAGUGAAGCCUCACUCAGCCAACUUGACAUCAACAGAUAGAGCUCCUUCCAAUCCAAGGGGGGGUCGAAUUGGUAUUCUGUGGCCUGUAUUCACCUCAGAACCAAAUCAGUGGCCUCAGGAGCCAUGGCACAAAGUGAAGAAUGACCAUUCAAUUUCAGGAAUCAUGAAACUUCAAGAUGUUACCUUUUCUAGUUUUGUGAAGAGUUGCUAUAGUGAUGACCUGGAUGUCUGCAUUCUACCAAAUGCAGAGAACACUGGAAUUUUGCACCCAAUAACAGCAGAGAGGACCAGGAUGCUAAAGAUAAAAGAUAAAAACAAGUUCUACUUUUCUCCAUUACAACCCAGGAAAGAUUUAGGAAAAGUAGUCUGUCCUGAAUUAGACUGUGCAAGUCCAAGAAAAUAUCUCUUCAAGGAUCUGGAUGGGAGAGCCCUGGGUCUGCCUCCACCAGUUUCUGUAUUUCCUAAAACAGAGGCAGAAUGGACUGCAUCCUUCUUCAAUGCAGGUACAUUUAGAGAAGAACAGAAAUGUACAUACCGAUUUCUGAUGCAAGGAUUCAUCUGCAAACAGACUGACCAAGUGGUCCUAAUUCUCGAUAGCGCUGAUGCCAUUUGGGCAAUCCAGAAGUUAUAUCCAGUUGUAUCUGUGACUAGUGGUUUUGUUGACGUCUUUAGUAGUGUAAAUGCCAAUAUUCCCUGCUCUACUUCUGGGUCGGUGUCUACUUUCUAUUCUAUCUUACCCACCAGGCAAAUCACCAAGGUCUGCUUCAUGGAUCAAACUCCUCAAGUUUUGCGCUUUUUUCUAUUGGGGAACAAAAGUACCUCCAAGCUUCUCUUGGCUGUAUUCUACCAUGAGCUCCAGAGCCCCCACGUCUUCUUAGGGGAAAGUUUUAUUCCACCCACUCUGGUUCAGUCGGCUUCGUUAUUGCUGAAUGAAUCUAUUGGUGCCAACUAUUUCAACAUCAUGGAUAACCUCUUGUAUGUUGUCCUACAAGGAGAGGAGCCCAUUGAAAUACGCUCAGGUGUUUCCAUUCACUUGGCCCUCACUGUGAUGGUUUCAGUCUUAGAAAAAGGCUGGGAAAUAGUAAUAGUCGAAAGACUAACUAACUUCUUACAGAUUGGCCAAAACCAAAUCAGGUUUAUUCAUGAGAUGCCUGGCCAUGAAGAGACCUUAAAGGCCAUUGCUGACAGUAGAGCAAAAAGAAAACGCAAUUGCCCUACUGUGACUUGCGCUAGUCAUUAUAGAAGAGUUGGUCAACGUAGGCCUCUCAUGAUGGAAAUGAACUCAUAUAGGGCUUCACCCCCAACGACUGUGGAAACUAUCUCCAAAGUGAUUGUCAUUGAAAUUGGUGAUUCACCAACAGUAAGGAGCACUGGAAUGAUUUCAUCCUUAUCAAGUAACAAAUUACAGAAUUUGGCUCAUCAAGUCAUCACUGCUCAACAGACUGGGGUACUGGAGAAUGUUCUGAAUAUGACUAUCGGGGCCUUACUAGUUACUCAGUCAAAGGGAGUCACUGGCUAUGGAAAUACAAGCAGUUUUAAAACUGGGAACUUGAUAUAUAUUCGGCCCUACGCACUUUCCAUCGUAGUCCAGCCUUCAGAUGGAGAAGUGGGAAAUGAGCUUCCAGUGCAGCCACAAUUGGUAUUUUUGGAUGAGCAGAAUCGAAGAGUGGAGUCCCUGGGACCUCCUUCAGAGCCAUGGACAAUUUCAGCUUCCCUGGAAGGAGCAUCAGACUCAGUGCUAAAAGGGUGCACCCAGGCAGAAACUCAAGAUGGUUAUGUUAGCUUCUACAACUUGGCAGUCUUGAUCUCUGGGUCAAACUGGCACUUUAUUUUUACUGUCACUUCUCCUCCAGGAGUCAAUUUUACAGCUCGAUCCAAGCCAUUUGCUGUCUUGCCUGUGACUAGGAAGGAGAAGUCGACCAUCAUCCUGGCUGCUUGCCUGUCCUCUGUGGCCUCAUGGCUGGCUCUGAGCUGUCUGGUGUGCUGUUGGCUUAAAAGAAGCAAAAGUAGAAAAACAAAACCUGAAGAGAUUCCUGAAUCCCAGACUAAUAAUCAAAAUAAUCAUAUCCACAUCUCAUCCAAACGCCGAGAAUCACAAGGGCCCAAAAAAGAAGACACGGCGGUGGGAGAAGAUGUGAGAAUGAAGGUCAUGCUGGGCAGGGUGAACCAGUACCCCCACCAGUUGAUGAAUGGAGUGUCCAGAAGGAAAGUUAGCCGCCACAUUGUCCAAGAGGAAGAGGCUGCUGUGCCUGCUCCUGGUACUAGUGGCAUCACAUCCCAUGGGCACAUCUGUGCUCCAGGCGCUCCUGCUCAGCAGGUGUACCUGCAAGAGACUGGGAACUGGAAGGAGGGCCAAGAGCAGUUGCUCAGAUACCAGGUGGCAGGCCAAGAUCAGCUGCUGCUGCUAUGCCCAGACUUCAGACAAGAGAGGCAGCAGUUGCCAGGGCAAAGUCAGCUGAGUAAGCAAAGUGGCAGCUUGGGGCUUUCCCAAGAGAAGAAAGCCUCCUGUGGGGCCACUGAGGCAUUCUGCCUUCAUUCAGUACACCCGGAAACUAUUCAGGAGCAACUCUGAUCAGGGAAGUUGUGGGCAUUUGGCCUGAAAGGCAGAAUGUUCCAAAUAUUUCUGGAUAAUAAGCAGGGGAAGUGAGGACUGUCCUGCUGGGACAACUAAGAAGAGAGAAUGUGGACUCUGAAUCCCUUUUUCAACUUUAAAAUGGAAAACAGUCAUAUAAGUGCUUAUAGACUGAAAAAUGUCUGAUACGUAUUUUGCAGCUAUCACGAUCCCAGUUCAAUGCUAGGCAAAUGAUGGCACUUGUUAAUUAUUUACCAGUUUUUAACUUAAGCCUGAUUUCAGCAACUUGAUAAUGGCGUAAUACUGAUUUACACCAGCAGGGGUUAUUAUUAAGCAUUCUCUGGAUUGACCACCCACAAUGCUUUGAGCUUCUCUUAUAGAAGAGAUCAUGAAAAGUUCUGGUCAGCUACAGUUUAAUUCCACACUGUUACAGAAAAGCAUUUCUUUAUCUUGUAGUAACAUUUGAAGGGACAGUUCAACACCCUGCUCCCUGAUCUGUCAGAGCUUACCUUCCAACCACAAGGCAACUUCCUGGCUUUUUAUAAGUGGAUUUUAUUUCAUGGUUUAAAUUCAAUCAUUAUCGAGAGCCUACAGUAGUGUGAGCAUAUCAAAUUUGCACUUCAUGAGUAUUUGCACAUGAAAAUUGAUAUUCUCAUGGGCUUUACUGAGAGUUUAGAUAAGGACAAAGAUGUAAAAAUGCCAAAUUUGGGAAAGGAAAUUGUGUAUGACCACGUUGCAUUUUUCAGUGAUUCUCUCUGUUAGUAGCUGGGUCACAUUUACAACUGGAAAAGAACUACACUGGGAGAUCAGAGAAAGCCAAGUGGCCAAGUCCUUUAUCAAAAAGCUGCUUUUUGGAGAAGAUGAUGCAUAAAGCUGUGAUAUGAAGGAGAGGAGAGAUUAUGUCAUGUACAACUGCUCUAGGCUGUGCAGGGAGUUUAAAUGGAGAUCAGAACAAAGGCUCACCUGGUAUUGAUACAUUUGGUAAGGGUGUUAAAGGCAAUUUCACCAAAUUCACACAUUUAUACAGGGCCCAUUUCUUUUCAAACUGAAGAAUACUUUAAACAGCCUGACAGUGUCCUUGGCUCUGGAUCCAGAAGGCCUUAUGCUCCAAGCAUGUAAAGAAAAGAUCACAGGAAUGUGGAGAGCUUCUAAAAAGAGAUUGCUCUCAGAUUUUCCUGAAAAUCCUGAAAACCAGGAUUUUCCAAUCUCUACAACGUUAAGGGGUUGUUGUGUGGUUGAGUUGGAACAGAGAAAGGAAACACACUCUUUCAUUGCUGAAUUCUAAAUAAUGAUGCCCUGAAUUAGUCCUAUGAGAAGUACUGGCAGAAAGCUGUUAUGUCUGCAGGGCCUCAAGGGAGAGGUGUAUCUCACCCUACUAUGAAUUGGCAGAAAUGUUUUAACCUCUUCUUUAGGCAUCUGGUGUGUAUUGCAGAUCUUCAGGCUGUCCCUAAAAGGAGGUAGGUAGCCUUCUCUGUGGUCACUGUGUUGGAUUUGGAAGAAAAUAUAAGUAGAUGUUAAGGUCAGUGCUCCCCAAGAGAUUUCCAUCCAGGCUAUCUGUGUUCAGGGAAUGAUUUGCAAGAAGUUGGUUUAUAGACAUUUACUCUGGAGGCACAGGCUGGCUGCCUGCUGAGUAAGUUCUCUUUGUAGAUGAUGUAUUUUGCUUGGGCACCAACAGAAUUAAAAACAAAAAACAAAAAAAUAACUCGAAUGACUUAGGCAGAACAUGUCUUCCUUAGUUUAAUUAGUCCCUGUUAUAACCAGUUAUUUAUCGUUUUUUGUAGAUUCUCGGUCUUGAAGUCAUUUGCCUUUGCAAUCUCUACUUUAGUACACUCAUUGGAUCCUCAAAGAGCUGUAAGCUUUUUGGAAAAAAACAUUUCAGAAGUGAAGGCUUUUGAGGAUUAUAAAAUGGUAGCAGUCUUAGUCCUUGCCCUGCCUCAGUUUACCUGCAGAUUCUUUCUUUUAUUUCCGCGGAUUCUUUCACCACUUUUUAAGUUUUUUUCCACAGGUAUUUUUUCUGAGCUCUAUACCAUGCAUUUAGCUGCCUAGUGAGAAUAUCCAGUAGGUUAUCCUAUAGCUACUAUGAAGUUAACACAGCCCGAAACCCUACUUCUCCUUGUUUUUUUCCAACUGAAUGAAUGACAUCACUGCAUUCAGACCAGAAAUCUAGAAGUCAGUCAUGACUCUUCAUUCUAUUUCUCCCUUCGCAAAGAGUUAGCUGCUAGCUCUGUUAUUUCUGCCCCUUCUUUACCCUUCUCCCAAUUCUUAUUAUCUUCUUAUUUAUCCUCUAUGAGUCACAAGAUGAAUCUUUCCGGGAGGCAUGUUUUAUCCUAUCCCUCUGUGUAGGAAUAACCAUAAUUAUCUUACUAAUUCCAUCCCAGAAAAGCCUGUGAUCCCUGAGGCCAGAAUUGACUCUUUGGGCCUAAAUAGCAGCUAUAAACAUCUUCAGUAACUUGCCAGGCUCUAGCAUGUGGCAUGGAAUUUUGGCAUCUAGCUAAAAUUCCUCAACCCAUAGUUAAGCUACUCCUCUUUCUCCUAAAAAAAAAAUGAGAGAAUUGGGGAAACACCGAAAGCAAAGAGAGCAGCUCUAUGUUCAUUCAUGUCUGGAGAUGAGCCAAUUUGAGCACCAAUGUAGGCCAACUCUAAAUUUAUUCAGAUUGUUAACAUGGGUAACCCAGCAAAUAUUUCCCAGCAGUGACAAUCUACACCCUUUAUCUAAAUAAAUAUUGAGAUGUGCUUUAUUCCUGUGUUAGUUCAAAGAAUCUCUUCUUGCCUCCCAUUGCUGAUUUUCUGUAUUGGUGGACUCAUUUCUCUCAAGAGAUUGGACAAGCUAAAAGUCUAGAGAGUUCAAAAGUGUUUGAAAGUACAUUUUAAGUGUUCUCACCACAAAAAAUGCUAGUAUGUGAGGUGACAUAUAUGUUAAUUAGUUCAACUGAUCCAUUCCACAAUGUAUACAUAUUUCAAACUAUCAAGUUGUAUAUGAUAAAUAUAUACAAUUUUUAUUUGUCAAAUAAAAAAGUCUAUAAAUAUUUAUAGAUGUCAAAAUUGAGAAAGAAGUAUAUAUGGAGCUACAGUUGUUUUGACCAUCUCUCCAUGCUUUUUGUUUGGGGUGGGGGACUUUUUUUAGGGGGCAGGGACUGUGUUCAGGGAACAUACCUGACCAACAGAACUUCAAGUCUCUUCCAGAGUGAGAGAUGCAGCUUAUCUGAUCAAGGUGGACUUGCUCUUCAAUAGACUUGCCCUGGUUACUGCCCAAUGAGGCCACCAAGGACCAAGAACAGUUGAGCUCUCUCAGGGCCCACCCCUUUCAACAAUUUAGUUGAAUGACUCCCUUCCAUCUAUCAGUCUUACUCCAAAUAUAUGAAAUUACUAUACAUUGAAAUGCAUGCAAACUAUAUGCAAAAAUGAGUAUGAGGAAAUCAAAUGUAAAUCAUAUGCAAAUAUUAUUCAACCAAGCUUCUAUAAAAUUGUACGUGUCAAUAACAGUGAAGAAUUUUAAUUAAUUCUGUCAUUUAAAAUUCAUGCAUUCCAUAUUUUGCUUUCAGAACUUAUAGUCAAUGUCAAUUUUGAAAAAACUAUAAGCACAAGGAAUUAAAUACUAUUGAGUAUAGAAUUGUUGAUUUCAACAUACACUAUAGCACUUUGACUAAUUACAGAUAUAUUUGAGAGAAAAGUCACAUUUCUACAAGGUAAUUUUUAAAAAGAAAUAACACAUUUCUGUAAACUUAAAUGUGGAUUAAGUGGCAGAAUACAGAGAUUUGAAUGUUUACAAAUAUUCUUCUAGCAUUUGUUCUUUUUAUUUGGUGAUUGCUUGGAACAAUUUAGAAAAUUUAUUUAAUGUGUUUUUAGGACUUUCUAGAUUUUAAGGGAUUCAAAGAAUUAAUUGUCCAUACAUUAUCUCUUAUCAGUCUCAAGAUAAUCUUAUUUAUUAUCACUUUACAUUUUAUUUCAAAAUUAGUAGCUAUAACAAGGUGAAGGAAAUACCCACUCUUCUCUCCAUUUUAUAAAUAAAAAAGUCAGUUGCCAUAACUUUGUUAGGGUCCAAGGCAAAUUACAAAAAUUGUCUGGACUAUAUUUUUUCCUUUUAACAUUUCCUCAAGUUAAUGGUAUGUCAUUUAGUAGAAUGACUCAUGUAGAAAAUUAUUCAAGUUAUGCUGUUAUAGUAAAAAAAAAAAAAAGCAAAUUGCAAGACAAUCUGUAUAGUACGCUUUUGCUAUAGUUUGCUUAUAUAUAGAACAAUUAUGAAAAGAUAGUCAAGAUAAUUUUGUAAGUAAUAGGUACCUCUGGGGAAUGGAGUAGAAAAUAUGGGCUGAUUUGCACCUCAAAUCUUAUAUCCUUUUGUAUUUCAAUACUUUUAUAAAUACAUUUACUAUGAAAAUAAAUUUAAAAAUA